ACUUAAAUCUAAAAAAGCUCGGAAGUGUGAUGAGUAAAAAUGACCACGCUGGUAAAUUGGCAAAGACAGAAAGGUUUCUGUAAUUUUCGUUGCAGAAGAAGAAAAAUAGCGAAUCAAUAGAAACAGAUACUCUGGGUUUUGAUAUUGUUGGAUCAAAUAAGCGAUUGCAGAAAGUAGAAACAACCGUUGGAGGAGAAGGAAAGUAAUAUUCGAAACCCUAAUUUCGAUUGUAUCCCCCCCCCCCCCAACUUCUAUCAAACCAUCGAUUGAAAAGAAAGCAUCAACCUUUUCUGAUUUAGUCUGAUGGGUUUCAUAAAAAAGUUAACGGGGAUAUUCGGGUUAGGGCAUAACGAUGGUGGCCACGGAGUUGAAGAUUGUGCAGGAGAUACUGCUAGAACAGUCUCCGGCAAACACCAUGAAGAUAAUAAUCAGGCGAGAUUCCGUGAAACAGGACUUCCAAGGAAAGGUUUUGGAGUACCUGUUCAAGUCGCUGUUGAACGGUCCAAUCCUGGUCCUGUUCUUCAGCCUUGUCCUGCUUCAGACGGUGUAGUUCAGGGACUAGGAUGGUAUUCAAUGCGGCUAAGGAUUGAUGAAGACGGAGAUGUUGCAGAUGAGUUCGUGGAAGAUCAUAACUCUAAGACCAAUACAAAAUCUGCAAAAGUGAGAGGGUUAGUGAUUUCUUCCGAUGGGAAACUUCAGCCACUACUGCAUUGAACCAUGAACGAACGCCAAGGAGAAUGAUUUGCUGCUUAGUUUUGAUUGAACCAGAGAUAGUUGUUAGAAUCUUUGUUCUAUUUGACCGUUCUAUCUCGACAUUAAUCGAUUAGUUUCUGGUUGUUGAUACUUCAGAACUAAAAAUGUUAUUUAACUGUGAAUUAUGUUUUGAAAAUAGACAAGUGAAUCUCUGUGGUGUUGUCUGAAAACGUGUGAGCAAUUGUUCAAAGUAUACAAGUAUGUAUGUGUGCAGGACCUCCUAUUUAGCCUAAUGUUAUGUUUUGUUUACCCUCUGUAAAUUCUUAUUAUGACGUAUACCAAGAAGUGAUGGCUAGUUUUUGGAGA